AUGGGCGAGCUCACCAACGAGCUGGCCGACGAGCUCGCCGUGUAUAACAUCCAGGCGAACUGCCUGUACCCCGGGUGGAUCGAUACCCCUCUGUCGCGGAAGAUGGUCGAGAAUAGAGAGCUCAGCGAUCGGAUCGUGUCUGCUAUCCCGGCUGGGCGAUGGGGGAGGCCGCAAGACUUCAAGGAGGUAGCUGUCCUCUUGUCCAGUUCCGCAGGCGGCUACAUAACAGGGUCUCGUAUAUGGGCCGAUGGGGGCACACAUAGCAUGAGUAGUAGCGAAUACCGGGGAUAUAUCGCGUUAGGCUGGUAUAACUGGGCGAACUUUGCUAAUUUCGCUGCGUUGAUGAACGGUGCGUCGGCGUUCAGCUCCAGCGAGGUGAAGCCGUCCCUCACUGCGUCGACGGGGAAGUGA